UCAUACUUAUGCCCAAAUCGAAUACCUGCCUCCGCCGUAAACUCUGCACCAGUUUCAUGGGCUGACAAGGUCUGGAGUGGACCGCGCCUCGACACCUCUUUAUUGAAACGCCACCCUGGCCCAUGCUGGCUGGUCCUACAACGGGCAUCCAUCAACCCCCCUGCCUUACCGCAAAAGAUAAACAAUUGAGGAAACUUGCCGACUUGGCUAGCCACGAGACCCUUGAUUUUUUUUUCUCUUCUUUCUCUUCGCGAUCCACGCCGUCUAGAUGCCCACGGUUCCCGAAACUAUUUUGGCUCCACUCUCUAAAUAUACUCGUUUGUUCUCGGCUGCCACGGAUUGCGGCACAGGAACGGGCAUAG